AUGUUAGUGAAAAUAGCGCGCGAUCAGUGUGAAUGGCUUGAAAACAGCAUUGCAAAUGUCAACUGCACAGUUACACUUUUUGUUCAUUUAUGGCAAGCUAGUGACUUUCAGUACUUUUACGAUUCGGCAAGGGACUCUUGUUUCCCUUUCAAAUACAGUGGAUGUGGUGGGACCGGGAACAAGUUUGAUUCACAUGUUAAUUGUAUGCUGUCAUGCAUGCCAGCUGACAAGAUUGACUGUGCCGGACAAGCGCCUGCUGUAGCAGCGUGUGACCAGUCAAGGAAGUGCCCCGCUGGAACGACUUGUUUGUUUGGUUAUACGACGGAUCAAGCCAACAACUUCGACUGUGGAGGCAAAACAGUAGUGGUGAGUCACAGUCACUGUAAUAGUGUCUUUUCGAAGAAAUUCGCUAUGCUGCAGAAAGGCAAAUACGAUAUAUUAUAG